AUGGGUUCCAAGACAAUUCUUCUAAUUGGCCUUCUGGCUAUGGUUCUUCUGAUUUCAUCAGAAGUGUUAGCCCGGGAAUUGUCUCAGACUUCCACUAAUAAGGAGGCUGAGAAGACAAAUGGGGUUGAAGAAGCCAAGAAUCGAGGAGGCGGAUUUGGAGUAUUAUUUGGUGGAGGUUACCCCGGUGGUGGAUAUGGAGGAUACCCUGGCGGAGGUUACCCCGGUGGUGGAUAUGGAGGAUACCCUGGCGGAGGUUACCCCGGUGGUGGAUAUGGAGGAUACCCUGGUGGAGGUUACCCCGGUGGUAGAUAUGGUGGUGGAUGGGGCUACUGCCGCUAUGGCUGCUGUGGCCCGAGCUAUUACCCUAACUGGGGUUGCAGGUGCUGUAGAUAUGCUGGUAAGGCAGUGGAUGCUAAACUUCACAACUAA